GCACUGAACCGGGCAACAAUCUUCACUCCUCCGCUCGAAAACGCCGCGAUCUACCGAUCCACCGAUCUAUAACUAGCCAUCUCUAUAACUAGAGCGAGCCGAGUGUGUUCCCAUCGAAACAGCCGCAUUCACAAUACAACAUAUAUUACAUACAUAUAUGUACAUAUAUGCGUGGAAAACUUACAAGUUCUUGUUGUGUCCCAUGAUUGCCGUGUGAUCUAGCGGAAUUAAUCGCACAAAUAUGAGCAGCAAUAUCGGCAUACGCAUGCUAAUGAUGAUUAUGCCUCAUUUAUAGUGCGCUAAUUGAACGCGAAAUUGCUCGAUACAUUCAAUAUAACCAAACCAAACCAAACCAUUCGCAAACAAACAACAACUUCAGUGUGUCAGUGAGAGUGCCAGUGUGUGUGCCGUCGAACAGAUAAACCCGAUCUGCAAUCAGCAAUAAUGGAUAUCAGCUAUAUCUUCGUAAUCUGCCUGAUGGCCCUGUGCAGCGGCGGCAGCAGUCUCAGCCAAGUCGAGGGCAAACAGAAAUCCGGAAGGGGCCGGGGCUCCAUGUGGUGGGGCAUUGCCAAGGUCGGCGAACCCAACAACAUAACGCCCAUCAUGUACAUGGAUCCCGCCAUCCACUCCACGUUGAGAAGGAAACAGCGACGCCUGGUCAGGGACAAUCCCGGUGUACUGGGUGCCCUGGUCAAGGGCGCCAACUUGGCCAUAAGCGAGUGCCAGCACCAGUUCAGGAAUCGUCGCUGGAACUGCUCGACGAGAAACUUCUCGAGGGGCAAGAAUCUAUUCGGCAAAAUCGUUGAUCGAGGCUGCCGCGAGACGAGCUUCAUUUACGCCAUCACCAGCGCGGCGGUGACCCACUCAAUUGCCAGGGCCUGCAGCGAAGGAUCGAUAGAGUCCUGCACCUGCGACUACAGCCACCAGUCGAGAUCCCCGCAAGCCAACCACCAGGCGGGCAGUGUGGCCGGCGUCCGGGAUUGGGAGUGGGGCGGCUGCUCGGACAACAUCGGAUUCGGGUUCAAGUUCUCCCGGGAAUUCGUCGAUACCGGCGAGCGGGGUCGCAAUCUGCGCGAGAAGAUGAAUCUGCACAACAACGAGGCGGGUCGAGCGCACGUCCAGGCGGAGAUGCGACAGGAGUGCAAAUGCCAUGGCAUGUCCGGCUCGUGUACAGUGAAGACCUGCUGGAUGCGACUGGCCAACUUCCGUGUGAUUGGCGACAAUCUGAAGGCCCGCUUCGAUGGUGCCACCCGCGUGCAAGUGACCAACAGCCUGCGGGCCACCAACGCUCUGGCCCCAGUUAGUCCCAAUGCAGCCGGCUCCAAUUCCGCGGGCUCCAACGGCCUGAUUAUCCCCCAGUCUGGCCUGGUCUACGGCGAGGAGGAGGAGCGAAUGCUGAACGAUCAUAUACCAGACAUCCUGCUGGAGAACAGCCACCCGAUCAGCAAGAUCCACCAUCCGAACAUGCCGUCGCCCAACAGUUUGCCCCAGGCUGGCCAAAGGGGCGGACGCAAUGGACGUCGUCAGGGACGCAAGCACAAUAGAUAUCACUUCCAACUGAAUCCGCACAAUCCCGAGCACAAGCCACCCGGCUCGAAGGACCUCGUCUAUCUGGAGCCCUCGCCGAGCUUCUGCGAGAAGAACCUGCGGCAUGGUAUCCUGGGCACCCAUGGGCGCCAGUGCAACGAGACCUCGCUGGGCGUCGACGGCUGUGGGCUGAUGUGCUGUGGGCGUGGCUAUCGGCGGGACGAGGUCGUGGUGGUGGAGCGCUGCGCCUGCACCUUCCACUGGUGCUGCGAGGUCAAGUGCAAGCUGUGUCGGACCAAGAAGGUCAUCUACACGUGUCUGUAAGGACACUGUCCACCUCCAACCCACCCCACCCCUCAACCUCUGAAGCCCCCCUCUUCGUUCUUUGUAUGUGUUAUGUAUUUUGUCUACGCUUAGCCUUUGUUAUUAGCACCUUAAGAGCCUAGACUAUAGCCUAGUUAAAGAUACGACUAGCCGACUAGCCCCUGAAAUGUACCAUCUGAAAUCCUU